UUUAGUUGGUGACGGGAGAAGCAAUAAUAUCUUAAGUUAGGUGCGUAAUAUUGAUCUAUUGAUAGUAGAGCUAAUCUCUGAGGUGUGGUGCGGCUGAUAGUGUUCAGUGGUAUGGAUGGCCCUGGCCUGGCCUACAGAGUUGGCUCGCUAUGGGAAACCAUGGUUCUACCACACUGCAGGCUCGGACUAUUCUAAUUGGAAAACAAGACGACACAGUGUAUCCUGACAACAGAGUCAUUUCAUAUAAGUAUACACCAUGGAACUACUUACCAAAAAAUCUAUGGGAACAAUUCAGAAGGGUGGCCAACUUCUAUUUCCUGUGCAUGGGAAUCAUAUCCGCUGUAAUCCCAGACAGUCCAGUCAGUUCAUGGGCAACACUGGGACCUCUCAUGUUUGUGGUGAUGGUCAGUGCGAUCAAACAAGGAUAUGAGGACAUCCUUCGCCACAAAGCAGACAACAAGAUCAACAAUUCACUUGUGACAGUAGUUAGAGAUGGUGUAGCUCAGGAAAUCACUUGCAAGAAGAUAUGUGUUGGGGACAUUGUGAGGGUAGGGCUGGAUGGGGAGAUUCCCUGUGAUAUGGUCAUGUUGAUAUCCAGCCAUCCAGACUCUAAGGCAUACAUCACCACAGCUAACUUGGAUGGCGAAAAUAACCUUAAGACAGUAGAAUGUCCCUUGGACACAGACCUGACGGUAGAUCACCUUCCGUAUCUCUCUGGACACAUCAGCUGUGAGUCUCCAACGGUAGACCUCUACCGCUUCCAUGGAAACAUCAGUCUGUCUCUCUCUCAAGGGGAAGGAGAUAUAGAAACACUUAAUCCAGCUUUUGUUAAGGACGGUUACAUGAUGGAGUCAUUGCAUGGAGACUCGUGUCGUGGUCGCCACCGCUGCAGUUUCAGCAAGCUACACUUCCUGGCACAGCAGGAGUAUUCUGCCCCUCUCACAUCAGACAACCUGCUGUUGCGAGGGGCUCGGCUGCGCAACACAGAGUACAUAUUUGGUUGUGCGGUUUACACUGGACAAGAGACCAAGUUGGCCUUAAACUCUACUCUGACAAUCAACAAAUUCUCUAUUGUUGAAAAAUCGAUCAACCUUUUUUUGUUCUUCUUCUUUGCACUGCUGUUGGUAGAAGUGUUUGUAAGUGUGAUUUUGACUUUUUACUCCAGGACAUACACAAAUAAAAAUGAAAAUCUUUGGUACAUGGGAAUUGAAGACAGUUUCAGUAUUAGUGAAUUUGUCGAAGACAUACUUAUCUACAUUGUUCUGUACUAUUAUAUCAUUCCAAUCUCUCUCUACAUUACUAUAGAAUUGGAGCGGUUCUUUGGCAGUUUCUUCUUUGGGUGGGACCAAGAGAUGUUGUGUGAUGGACAAGCAGCAAUCUGCAACACUUCUGACCUCAAUGAAGAGCUUGGCCAGGUGCAGUAUCUGUUCUCUGACAAGACGGGGACGUUGACAGAGAACGACAUGCACUUCCGCAGAUGUUCGGUGGACGGCAGCUUGUAUUGUGAGAGAGAAGGCAGAUUGAUGGUGUUGCCACCUUCAGGAUCCACCCUCUCUGCCACACCACUCCCCCACUGGCCUCCAGAAGUGGAGCAGUUUCUGCUAGCCAUGGCACUGUGUCACACUGUGCAGACUCUGGAGCAGACGACAGUUGACUGUCCGCAGUACCAGGCCUCUAGUCCUGAUGAGAAGGCCCUUGUUGAGGCUGCCGCAAGGUGUGGAGUGGUCUACCUCGGCACCUCGGCUGGACUGAUGUCUGUCUCUGUCAGAGGUCGAGUCAGGAAUUACAAGAAACUACAAACCCUGGAGUUUACCUCAGAUCGUAAGAGGAUGUCAGUAGUAGUGUCGGACUCAGUGGAUCAAGUGUGGCUCUACAGUAAAGGUGCCGAGACCUCUAUGAUGCCCCUCAUGAAGACUGGUCCCAUAAAGGAAACUAUCAGACACUACACAGACUUUUCACUGAGAGGUCUUCGCACACUGGUGUUUGGCAUGCGCAGACUGGAUGGCGCAGAAUACCAGAGCCUGGCACGCAUUCUGCGUAACGCCCGCAGUGUGAUAGACACUGAGCAGAGGGAGAGGUUACUGACCGAGGCCUUCGCUGGCCUGGAGCAGUGUCUACAUCUACAGGGGGCAACAGCUGUGGAGGACAGACUUCAGGACAACGUACCAGAGACUUUAGAGCUGCUCAAGACUGCUGGCAUCAAGGUGUGGGUGCUGACCGGGGACAAGGUAGAGACUGCUCUGAAUGUUGCUUAUUCUUGUGGCCACUUCAAGCUCGGCACCCAGGAGUUGGACCUCAUAAACAUCAGCAAUGAAAUUGAUUGUGUCAGUGCUCUUAGAGAUGUUGCGGACCGCAUGGCUAGAGAACCACUGGCUCAGUACGGCCUGGUACUGGACGGCCCCACAGUGAUGGUAGCACUGACACAUGCCCCGAUGUUGCUACAACAAGUAGCCCUUGACUGCACCAGUGUGUUGGGCUGCAGACUCUCACCUAGACAGAAGGCUGAGAUGGUGAGGAUGGUGAAGAGGUCGCAAGGGAGACCCGUGGUGGCCGCAGUGGGUGAUGGUGCCAACGACGUGUCCAUGAUACAAGAGGCCAACGUUGGAUUUGGUAUCAUUGGAAAAGAAGGUCGCCAGGCAGUGCGGUGCUCUGACUUUGCCUUUGCCAAGUUCCACUGUCUCAGUCGAGCCAUGCUUGUCCACGGCCAAUGGUACUACUUGCGAGCAGCUACAAUGGUGCAAUACUUUUUCUAUAAGAACAUUGUCUUCAUUACUCCACAAUUGUACUUCUCUCUACUGAAUGGCUUGUCGCCGCAGCCACUCUACCUCAGUGUGUUCCUCGUCUUGUACAACACAAUCUUCACAGCCGCUCCCAUCAACAUUUACGCACUGCUGGAGCAAAACUACCCGUCCUCCAUGCUGCUCUCCGCACCUCACCUGUACAAGCGACAGAGAGGCAACCGUCUCAUGUCGUGGCCUCAGUUUGCUCAGUGGAUGGUUGUGGGAGUGUGGCAUUCGGUUGUUGUGUACUUUGUGCCGGCUCUGCUGGUAACAACCAACCCUGUGAUACUCGCAGACAACACUACCAUGGACCUGGUGGCCUUUGGCACCACUGUGCUCCACAACAUAGUACUUGUUGUCAAUCUCAAGUUGUGGAUCCAUAGCACAUUCUGGACAUCCCUUUUCCUCAUCUCCGUAGUUUCGUCUAUAGCCACUUUUAUGGUUUUUUGUUGUGUUUACAACAGUUUUGUGAUGGUAACUAAUUCUUUGCAGUCUCUCUACUAUGUGUACUUUCGACUACUUAGUUCAUACAAUUUCUGGUUUAUAUCACUACUGACAGUUACAUCCAGUUUAAUACCAGAUGUUUUAAUCAAAGUAUUCCAGAAUCAGAAAUUUGGAAGACCUCAGAUUCCUUCCUGGUUACCGAGUCGUAGGAGGGGAGUUUUUGUGCUGCCGACUCUAGAAUCCAAGUCCUGAAAUUUUUGAUUUCACACAUUUUGUCACAAAAGUUGUGUUUAUUACACUACGUGUAAAUCAUGUUCUUAGAUUUGUGUCUAAAAUAGGUAUUAGCAAUUUGUAACUAUUGUAUUUUGUAAACCAAACAUUACCUCUCUCAUGUGAUAUUUUUAUAAGUUUGAUUUUUAACUAAGGGUAGUCUAUAGGAACAUCAAUAAAACUGUGAUAGUCAAACACAUAA